AUGAAAAAGAAGUUUUCAAUGCCUACUUCCAUCAACUCACCCUUGCCAACAAGUUUGGCCGGUGAGUGCAAGAAAGCCACAAAGAUCCUGAAUGCAUUUGUCGACCCAGGAGAAGGUCUUGAUAAAAUUAUUCCUAGCUCGAUCUUGGAAAAGGCACAAGGUUUGGCCAUCUUCACUGUGUUGAAGGCUGGGUUUCUCUUUUCUGGAAGAGCAGGCAGUGGUCUAGUCGUAGCUAGAUUACCUGACGGAUCAUGGUCUGCACCUUCAGCAAUUAUAACAGGCGGUAUGGGUGCUGGUGGGCAGAUUGGUGCCGAGCUGACCGAUUUUGUGCUUGUACUCAACACCAAAGAAGCUGUGAAGACAUUCAGUCAUUUUGGUAAUAUUACAUUAGGCGGCAAUGUGUCCAUCGCUGCUGGACCUGUUGGACGAAACGCCGAGGCAUCUGGAUCAGCCACAUUAAAGCAUAUUUCAGCCAUUUACUCUUACAGCAAAACCAGAGGGUUGUUUGCAGGUGUGUCAUUGGAAGGAUCAGUCAUCUUUACUCGUAACGACGCCAACGAGAAGUUAUAUGGGGAGCGUGUUACUGCAAAGGAAUUACUGAAUGGCACUGUAGCGCCUCCUCGUGAAGCCGACUCAUUGUAUCGUGCUCUCAAUGCUAAAUUUCACACACUGGGUAGUACAGGCGCCAUGUAUCAACGUACCAUUCAGCAUGAAGAAAGUAAAGGAAAUACGUAUAAAAGUACGUCUAUCUCUGCACCAGGUACGCUACGCAUUCCUGGCGUGCGACAAGUGGCAGGUGGUUACGGUGCACCUAUGAUUGCUCCGCCUGCACCACAACAGGAUCAACUAUACAAGCACAACACGGCUCCGUCAGUUCCCUAUCAGCCGCACCCACCACCAAGCCCUAUUCCUACAUACAACAUUAAUAACAACUACAGCAACAGCGCUGCUUCUAAUUACACUAAUAACACGACAUACAGUAAACCUGAUUACAAGCAAGCAGUGCCACCACCAUUAUAUGAAGGUCAGCAACUUAGUUUUAGUAGAGAUAUCAAAAAGAGCGUGGCUGUGCCGCCACCACCUCCUCCACCAAGCCAACAUUCCAAACCCCAAAGAGCGAGAGCAUUGUAUGCGUUUACAAGUGAGCAGGAGGGUGAUUUGACAUUCCAAGCAGGUGAUAUCAUCACAGUUACUGAAAAGACUGAAAGUCAGGAAGAUUGGUGGACAGGUAGAUUGAAUGGACAACUUGGAUCUUUUCCUGCAAAUUAUGUGGAAUUGAUAUAG